CACCAUGUCUCUCAAAGAGGACGUGCAGAUCGAGGACCUUGCAGAGGUCCGUUCGGCCAGCACACUUGACCCCCCCGCAAAAGGCGUCGAUGCCGAAGUAGCAGAGUUCUUCGCCCAGAACCAUGUCCACACCAAGAUCGACGACGCCACCAACCGGCGCCUCCGCUGGAUGGUCCACAAGCGCGUCCUCCUCGUCAUGGUCGUCACCUACUUUGCCCAGACCUUGGACAAAGGGACCCUGAAUUUCGCAUCGAUCAUGGGUAUUAUCAAAGACACCCAUCUCGUCGGGCAGCAGUAUGCCUGGCUCACGACUUGCGUCUACAUUGCCAUAUUGGUCUGGGAGUUCCCAAGCAACCUCCUCCUGCAACGCCUGCCCGUCGCAAAGUUCCUCGCAUUCAACAUCAUGGCAUGGGGCGUCGUCCUAGCCUGCACCGCCGCCUGCCACAACUUCACCGGCCUCGUCAUCGUGCGCACCCUCCUCGGCAUCUUCGAAUGCGUCUGCCAGCCCGCCUUCGUCUUCCUGUCCACGAUGUGGUACACCCGGAAAGAGCAGGCACUCGUCAUCGGCUCGUUCUACGCCAUGAACGGCUUCCAGCAGUGCGUCGGCGGGCUCAUCGCCUACGGCAUCGCGCACGUCCACAGCGGCGCGAUCAAGAACUGGCAGCUGCUCUUCACGCUGCUCGGCUGCAUCACCGUGGUGUGGGGCCUGUUCGUGAUGUUCUGGCUCCCGGACAGCCCGAUGCGCGCCAAGUGCUGGUCGAAAGAGGACCGCGUGCUCAUCGCGGAGCGCGUAAGGGCGAACGAGACCGGCAUACAGAACAAGCAGUUCAAGUGGCACCAAGCCAUCGAGGGCUUCACAGACCCGACCGUCUGGGCGGUGACCUUCAUCUCCUUCACGAACGGCCUCCCCACCGGCGGGCUUGGCGCCUUCUCGAACAUCAUCCUCAGCGCUUUCGGCUUCACGCAGCUGCAGACGUACCUGCUCGCGAUCGCGCAGGGCGCGAUCAUCAUGGCGUUCCUGUUCAGCGGCGCGUGGCUCUCGACGCGGUAUAACCAGAAGCUGUUGUUUGCGUUCCUUUAUACGCUGCCGAAUAUCGCUGGGACGAUAGUAUUCCUGACCGUCCCGACCACGCCGCACACCAAAGUGGGAUUGCUGCUUGCAUUCUACUGCACGCAGGGGUUCGGCGCGGUCGCCAUCCUCAACCUCGCUGUCAUGUCUGGGAACGUGGCGGGCCGCACCAAGCAAGUCGUCGCGUCCAGUAUGGUCUUCAUAGCAUGGGCAGUCGGCAACGCAGUCGGUCCGCAAGUCUUCCGGAGCAACGACGCCCCGCGCUACACGAAAGCCUUCGUGGUGCACAUCGUCAUCUACGCGAUCCAGUGCACGGCCAUCGUCCUCCUGCGCGUGCACCUCAUGCGCCAGAACGUGCUCAAGCGCCGCGCGAAGGGCCUCGCGGCGACCAGGACGAGCGGGCAGCAUCCGAAUGAGCGGAUUGAGCAUAGACAUGCGUUUGAUGACCUUACGGAUAAGGAGAAUCCUGACUUCCGAUACGUUUACUGAGAGCUUUGGGUUCUACGACCCGCAUGUGCCCUGUUGUAAGAUAUAACGCCCUGAUGUAUUGCUAUAUUACCUGGAUCUAUUCUUUUUUACUCAG